AUGGCUACAACAGCCGCACAGAUGGCUGCCUAUUUGUAUCCCGAAGAGGAGGACCCAGAGGGCGCUUUCUCAUGGUGGCUGAGUCCAUGCGGAGGUACGGACCUGGUGCCAGAAGACAUCAAGAAAGCUUUCGACAUAAUGAGCACCAUAGCAAACGGUAUAUCGAGCUUUAAGCCGCCAAAGCGCAUGAAGCGUCACAGUCGCAAAAAGGGUGACGACGGUAACCCGACUGACAGGGCAACGCCCCGUCGACCAGGUGGAGGUGGCAGCGGUAACGGCGUCACUAAGCCAGCAAAGAAAUGCAGAGUACCCGCGAGCAAAUCCACUUUGCGGCUUGGCGCGGCCUCUAACACGCUCCGCAAACAAUCCUGCGUAAAUGGCUCAACAAGAAAAGACAACAUGGUCAUUACCUCCCUCGCGUUUGCACCAAACGCGGUACCCGUGCAGUUCAAAGCAACGUGUUCGAAGCAAUUCUCGCAAGCCUGUUACCACUACAGCUCUGUCAUUCGAAACCAUCCAUCGUGGGCGACCCUGACCUGCGACGAGGAGAAUGCCAGUGUCAAACAUCGGCUCGACGCCAGUGCCACCGCUACUUGGACCAAUCAGCACAAGGGCCGUGGAUGGGACAAGCCCCCAAAAUGCGAUCGAGAUGAGUAUCCGCCUGCCUAUCUCCUACACGAGAAACACCCCGCCUACCUUUAUGCCGGCCUCAACGACCAAGGCCAGAUGGUGCGUCUUUUGCCAGCCCCAGAGAACCAGGGCGCUGGCAAGAUGUGGAAGGGUGCAUGCUUCAAGCCCCCACUGGAGGAUCUCACAGACUCUGAAUUCGAUGCAAAAGCCAACGCUGCGCCCAACAAGGUCUAUGCGAUGAUCACAGGGUAUCAAUACACUCAAGUAUCAGUGACCGUCACUCAGCGUCCUGAGUUCACGAUUGCCGCAUGGGGCCAUGCUGCCGCCCCACCUAAUGAAGGUCUGGACCAGAAUAGCUGUUGGCCUUCAAAUAUUGCAGCCGCUGAUCCGGGCUUUGUACUGUUGACGUAUGAUCCUUGGUACGGGAACAGGGCUCCUCCUUACGAUUACAAGCAACCGUACGUUCAGGGUGCCAACGGAUCUUAG